CCCGCUCCACUUGCCGCGACAACCUCCCUGCUGCAACCAGGCCAGUCCAGACCACCAUAAGCAUCACGCGCCGGAGCCUCGACUCUGACCACCGCUGCUCUUCCGAUUCGCAAUGGCUUCCAAGGCCAUGUGGGAGGUUGAUCCCGAGACUCGUUCCAAGCUCGCCGCGCUGCAAAAGGAAUCCAAGAACAACGUCUGCUGCGACUGCAAUGCCCCGUCGCCGCAGUGGGCGUCGCCCAAGUUCGGCAUCUUCAUCUGCCUGACGUGCGCCGGCGUCCACCGCGGGCUCGGCGUCCACAUCUCCUUUGUGCGCAGCAUAUCCAUGGACGCCUUCAAGGCCAACGAGAUCGAGCGCAUGCGCCUGGGCGGCAACGAGGGCUGGAGGAAAUUCUUCGAGGAGCACGAGGACACGCAGAUGAGGGGCCUCACCUGGGACGACGCCACCAUUGCUGAGCGAUACAGCGGUGAGGUAGGCGAGGAGUGGAAGGAGAGGCUGUCGUGCAAGGUCGAGGGGAGGGAAUACGUGCCGGGCGAGAAGAGACCCGUGGCUGCUGCUGCUGCUGCUGCUGCUGCAUCUCCCGCGAAGCAGAGCUCGCGCACAACAACCCCCCUGGGCGGAUCCGCGAACCGAAGCCAGAGCCCUCCUCAGCAGGGCGGAAAGGUCAAGGUGGACGACAGGUACUUUGCCCGGCUGGGGGCGGACAAUGCUUCGCGACCGGAAGACAAGCCGCCUAGCCAGGGCGGAAAAUAUGCCGGCUUCGGAAACACACCUGCUCCGGACAAGUCGAGCCAGGGAGGGAUGCUGCCGCUGUUUGACGACGUCCAGAAGGAUCCCAUGGGUGCCAUCACCAAGGGCUUUGGCUGGUUUGCCUCUACCGUGACAAAAACGGCCAAGACGGUCAACGAUGGGUACAUUCAGCCUACUGCUAAGAGCAUUGCCGAUGGCGAGUUCGCCAAGCAGGCCCAGUUGACGGCCGCACAGCUCGCCAAACAGGCUCAGCUCGCCGGCAAAAACGCUCAGGAGGGCUUCACCAGAUUCGUAGAGGGCCCCGAUUCAACCAGGAGAAACGCGCCCCUGGAUGCCAGUCGCAAAGAUUUCUGGGAUGACUUUUCCAACCUGGCAGAGCAGCAGAAGCCCAACAAUGCCAUUGGCACGAGUGCUAUAGGCAUGAGCAAGAAGACGACCCCCGCAGCCCCAGCCCCGAAGCCCAAGGGUGGCGACGAGUGGGAUGACUGGUAAAC